AAUAUACCGCUAAAAAUUAUUGUGUAAAAAAAGCACUACCUUUAAAAAAACUGCAUACAAAAUACCAGAUUAAAUUGUUAAACAAAUUCCAAGUCCCCAAUCUAUCAAAAAAAGUUUCCUUGCCAGGUAAAAAAGAGUUUAAAUAAAGGGGCUUAAGUGGGCUAAGUUCGUUUUUUCAUCGGUAUGGCACGCUGAAAAGGCGCCAUUCUUAAGAAGCGUCCCUCCAUUUUUUUUAAACUCCUAAAUAAUUACUGCUCGACGGCAUAAUGCAGCGCCACAGGGAAUUAUAUAAACAGCAAUCACUUGCUUUCAGCCCACGCAAUUUCAAUGAGCAGAACCGGGAACUCCAGAAUGCGGCGCUUUCAAAGCAACCGCAUUAUUAGUGUUAGUCCAACUCCCGUCAAGCGUGCGGCACCUAUACCGCCCGCAGAGGAGGCGCAGCCACGCCUUACCUAUGUCGCUCCUCCUAAGGAGAAUCGAAAACCAGAGCUGCCUCAGCAGCAGAGGAACCCCACCCGGGACCUUUACAUAAAGCGCUUCGUGGAUUGGAAGGCUGCCAGGAAGGAACAAACAAAGAACGAGCAAAUUGCUCGUCGUGGUCAAAAGAUGUUCACAUAUAAAACCGAAACACUUAAACCUGCGACAAACCCCCAGAAAGAGCAGGAGAACGCUCCGGCAUUUGUGCCGCCAAAAAGGCACUCCUUAUAUGUUUUGGCAAAAAAAUCUCAGUGUACGCAGACGGCAGCGGAGAGGAAACAGCCUUUGGCAACCCAAUUGCGUACCCAGGGUCAUCCAUCGCGUCCUCAACCGGUCACUGUGAAGACCCAAACAUCAAACAUGAAACAUCAAACAUCAGCAAGGAAUGUCCAGCCAGCCACAGUGAAGCCUGCACCUUCACGUGCAUUGCCCUUGAAGCCUACAGCAGGCCCAAAGCCCAAGGCAGCAGAUUUGGUCGUUGGACCUUCUGCAAAUGGCGUUGUUCAUUUGCCAAAUGUGAGGACGCAACCAUUCGAAAAGCCGGCCGUGAGUAAGCCCACCUUAAAAAUACCAGCAGUGAAACCAACGCCCAUUCAAGGAGGCGGCGGAGGGGGAGCUGCGGGAAAAUUUAAGUCGACCGCAGUAGCAAAAGGGCCGGCAAUAAAAAACAAGCUUGCCAGCCAAUUGUCGACCAGAAUGAAGGCCAAGAGCAACGUCAGCAAGUACGUAGGUCUUCAAAAGAAUGUUCGAAAUCGGCCGGAGCUGAUGAGAGAGUUGGUUGAGGCUGGGACCACUGAACUCCCACUGCCUCCCAAUACGCCGCUGGAAGAGAAGAUAAGUUUCCCUGCUCUGGCCACAAACAGCAUGUAUUUGCCCGGUGAGGAGUAUCCUGUUGCCAAUCGGCGGGCCCUCGAGUCGGUGCUCUACUUUCGCCUACAGCUGGAGAAUGAGAUUCGACGACUGCGAGAUAUCUGCAGCGAGUGGGAAGCCUAUAGCAAGGAGAAUGAGGCGCAUCUGGUUGAGACGGGCGGCAUAGAUAUGAUCAAUGUGGCAAUUGGACAGACAAAUUUGCUCUCUACCAAGAAAUUGAUGCAGUUCAGCGGUCUGAUUGACCGUUGCGAGGCGGGAGCUACGGGCAAGAACCAUCGACCCUACGAUGGCAGCGAGGAGACGAAACCCGUCCAGGCAGAGGAUCUGGAAGGGUGGUGGGACAUGCUGCGACUCCAGAGUGAGAAUGUUGACAAGCGCUUUGAUAACUUGAAGCGAUGGAAACAGAACAAUUGGCAGGACCCCGAUGCAGUUGAGGAAUCGAAAAUACCAGCCAAGCCUUUGGAAACGAUUCCUUCUGGACUAUCGGGUAUUGUUGUUGCUCCGUGCGUAAUGAAUAACGCGUAG